AUGGCGAUGAUCACCAAGGCUACAUGGUUUUCCGUUUUUGCCCUCACCGCGGUUCUCCUACUGAUUCUACUCCCGGCGGCAGAAGCUGUGACGUGCUCGCCAAUGCAGCUAAGCCCGUGUGCGGCGGCGAUAACGUCGUCUUCUCCACCAUCAGCGUUGUGCUGCGCCAAGCUCAAGGAGCAAAAGCCAUGCCUAUGUGGAUACAUGAGAAACCCUAGCCUUCGUCGCUUCGUCAGCUCUCCCAACGCUCGUAAAGUUUCUAACCGCUGCAAACUCGCAAUCCCAAGGUGUUGA